GCUAUGCAGUUUUCAUUUUUUAUUUACGUAUUUAUUUCCACUAAAUAUAGGCCAUACAAGAACUAAUGAAAAUCCAUGGACAAGAUCCUGUUUCAUUUCAAGAUGUCAAGGAUGAAAUCUUUGACAUGGUAAAACCAAAGGAUCCUUUGAAAAUCUCUCUUCAAGAUUUAAUUAACAGUAAUCAAGGAGACACAGUCACUACCAUUCUAAUUGAUCUGAAUGGUUUCUGGACUUACGAGAACAGAGAAGCCCUUGUUGCAAAUGACAAUGAAAACUCCGCAGACCUUGAUGAUACAUGACCUCCAAAAGACUAGACUGUCUUCAUUAAGAUGUGUGAACACUUCAUGCAGAAUCUUUGAAGCGGAAUCCUUGGAUAUGAUCUAAAUAAAAUACUUGAUAUAUCUACAGAA